CUCGCUGGGCUCAAUGAGUCGCUUAGUGGAAUCGAUUGGAGGCUCGCCGCUUGAUUCUUCCGGUGGCGGCCGUACUCACUCCGACUGGCUCGCUGAGGUCGAACGAAACCGGUGAUGAGUGGAUUGGAGGGGAUACUGUACUGGCUUACAGGCCGGCCGCUAGAAUUCGGUGACGAGUAGCUGCUGGGCCCGCCCACCGCUGCUGCUCAAAUUUCAUGGCAGAAACUAAUUGGCCUAUGAUCAUUUGGAAGGAGAUCCUGGUUUAGAUGGUGGAAAGAAUGUAAGAUAGAGAUCCUGAAUGUGUUGAUAAUUCAUCUUCUGAUAGCAAGAGUCCAAUAAAAUUAAAUCAAGCAAUGUUAAAGGCAACGCUGACACAGAUGAUCAGUAUCAUAUUUGGGAGAAUGGAGACUGAUCCAGUUUGAAAUUUAAAUUUCUGAAUUUUGGUGUGUUAUUCUGUUAUUGGAGGAAGAAAGAUCAUCACGUCUUUUACAGGGUUUAGAGGCUGCACUUGACAAAGUGGUCCAUGUUGAGGAUGGUAAAAAGAUUACAUGGUAUGCACGUGAUUAAAGAUUCUUGUUUCACAUCCUCAGGCUGGUUUUUUUCCUUCUCUCCUUUGUAUUCCAUUUUUUGGAUGCUUGGUAGCAUGACUCUGAUAUUUUCAACAACUUUGAUACGUCUCAGUAGAGAUUGACCUUGAGAGCAUGAGUAUUGGAAAACAUGGUGGUUUACUAGUAUUCUGCACACUCUGCAAGGUUGGCUUUGUUACAGUUCUCUCAAUUUUCCUAGCAUCUGUGAGCUUUGUUCCAUAUUCCCCGUAGUGCAGUAAAGUGUCUGCAGAUGGGUGUGAAGGAAGACACUGAUGAGGUAACGGUGAAGAUGAGAAUUUUGUCCCUUGAACUUCUCCAGGGCCUGCUGGAAGGGGAUAGCAAUUCAUUCACAAAGAACUUUCAUUUCAUUGACUCUGUGAAAAGCAGACCUUUCCUAUGCUUUGUUGUGAGCUUCAGUUUCGCAGUCUCCUGUCAUAUUUCAGGUUCCCUUUCAUCUAUUUAUAUCCCUUUUCUUCAUCUGGUUUUACUAGAGGUGCCAUGAGUUUUGCCCAUCUUCAUUGGUUUUGCAGUUGCUUUUUUCCCCUUCACUUUCCAUAUUUAGCAAAGAAUUGUUCAUGAAUCUGAAACCCUAUUGCAGGAUGUUUAGUCAGCCUAUGAAACAUUUGAUAUCUUGAUUUUGAAUAACUUAGUAAUUGUCCUGAUUGGCAAUAAUCUGUUGUGAAAUUUCCUAUGGGACUAGAUAUGAAGACCAUAGCAAAUGCUGUUAUUAUUUGCAAAGAAAUGAUACAAAAGCGGUAAGAAAGGGGAGGAGAAGAGGAAGCAGAGGAGGGCAAGCGUGCACUAGAUGAAGUUGUUGUAAGAAUAAAUGCCUCUGUUAUAAUUUAAAUCCUGAUGAUAGAUGCAUAGGGCUUUAAGUCAAAAGAGCUGCCCUAAAAGGCACUCUUUUGUUCAUUAUCAAAAAGAAUAAGCAUGCUUUGCUUGAUUUUUAGGGUUUAGGUUAUCUUGGAUAUAAGGGUGCUUGUGUGUGUGUGUGUGUGUGUGAACAAAUUUACAUUGUACUUUCUUUCUUUUUUUUGACCUCGGGAAAUUCGGGGUAAGGGGUGUAGGGCCUGGGUUAGAACCCAGGUCUUUGGUGUCCUGGCACUUUCCCGCAAGGGGCUGGCCAAUAAGCCACUUAGUGCCGGACACAAAUUUUACAUUGUACUUGUCUCGCUGUCUAGUGUUUGUGUGGGAACAACUUACAUUGUACUUGUAUUGCUGUCUAGAAUGUUAAUGAUUAUUUCCAUUGUCAUGCUCAUGUGGAACAAAUUAUUAAACUUAUC